UGACGUGAUAAGUUGAUAAAUGUAGCGUGUUAUUCGUAUUAAUAUUUUAGAUCCAGAAAAUUUUAAAAGAGUACUUCGUGAGUAAGAGUAUGAUAUAUGUGAAUACUGUUCGAAAAUCGCAACUGUAAAGAUGAACAAACACCAGGAAAUGGAGAGUCCGCCGAUUUCCAACUCUGAUGCGGAUGAAAACGGAUGGCAAAAAAUGAGCUUUAUGUCCAAGGCGGCGUUCGUGGCCCGAAACGUGUCGGUAGAACCAAUGUUGGGCGUCUUUCAGCUUUCCAUGAUUAUGUCGAGUUUGACCACACAAAACCUGAACAUGCAAAAGGCUUGCCGAGUGAACUUAAACCUGGACAAUACGGUGUGCUAUGCUCUGGAGAACAAAAACGCCUUAUCAUAUCCGGACGAAGAGGUGACAGUGCAGAAACUAGUGGCCAAGAUGAUGCUAUGGCAGAGCCUCUUUCAGAAUAUGGUGCCGUGCAUUCUGGUGAUGUUCGUCGGUUCGUGGAGCGACCGGAACCGGAAACGUAAGCCGUUGAUGCUGUUACCUAUUAUCGGUGAAAUAGUGCGCAACAUCGGCUUACUCGCUUGUGUGUUUUUCUUUUACGAGCUGCCGAUGGAGAUAGCAGGUAUCAUCGAGACAGUCCCAUCAGCCGUUACUGGUGGUCUACCGGUGUUGAUACUAGCAGUGUUCGCGUACGUGGGGGACAUAAGCACGGUUGAAAAUAGAACAGUCCGUGUCGGGCUUGUGAGUUUAUUUUUUUCGAUCAGUAUUACCUUUGGAUCAGCAUUAUCUGGCAUCGUGUUUCGAGAUUAUGGUUUUUACGGAGUGUAUGUAGUAUCCACUGCAUUGUAUGUGUUCAGCUUCAUAUACUGUAUAAUUAUCAUCAAAGAUAUUAAGCCUGAUGUAGACAAAUACCACGAUCAACAUAUUAUUAUUGAUCAUUGCAAAAAAUCACUUUUUCUGAAGAUAUCCGAUUUCUUUAACUUAAAACAUGUAAAAGAAGCGAUUCGAGUUACAUUUAAACGAAGAAAUGACGAUAACCGAAGAAUGGACAUAAUACUGUUGUUUAUUACCAUGGUUAUUAUAUUGGGUCCUCUGAGCGGUGAACAACCUUUGAUGUAUUUGUUGGUCCGAGUCAAAUUCAGUUGGAAUGAAGUAGACUUCAGUGUUUUUUCCACGUAUUACUUUAUUUGUAAUCUCGUAGGUAUUGGAUUUACAUUGUGGAUUUUUGUUAACCGUUUGGGUAUUGAUGACAGAUUGAUAGGAGCAAUUGGAUGUCUGAGCAAAGGAUUGGCUUCUUUCGUUUAUGCCUUUGCACCGACCGAAUUCUUAUUCUAUCUUGGUCCAAUUGUCGACAUAUUUCACGGUACAGCACUUGUUGCAUUUAGAGCGAUACUCUCGAAACUUGUUCCUGCAAACCAACUCGGUCAGGCGUUGGCGGUAUCUUCACUCGUCGAAACCAUAAUUCCUGCAAUAUUCAGACCGUUAUACAGUGUGAUAUAUUAUAAGACACUACACUUUAUACCUGGCGCAUUUUACUUGUUUGGAGGAGUGCUUAAUCUUUUUGGCAUCUUUGUUUUUUUAUGGAUGUACAAACGUACAAAACAGAAGAGCGUAAAAUCAAACAACUCAAAAAUGCCAAAGUUGCAAAAAUGAUUUAACUCUAAAGGUUCACUU